CUGUCUUGAAUCCUGCAAACAGAGUAGAAGUAUGUAGUUCUGGGCUUAUUUUUGGCAGGGCUUGCUUACAUCUGGCAACCCUUCUCCAAACUUUCACUUUAAGAAGGCGCGUCUACGCUGCAGUGUAGUGUGUUUAUCAGAAUCCUUAAAGUGGCACAUGGAAACCAUAGCUGAUUUCUGCAUGGCAUAGAUCUAGACCUACACAUUCUGUCUGUCCGAUGCGAGGAAAUACUCUGUAGAAACUGAUCCUCGGAGAAUAUUGCUGUGGCUUGUCUGACUAUUUUUAUCCGUGGCAGCAGCACCUUCAGUGGAUGCGGAUUCAGACAGCCAGCCAGCCGAGGGGAAGGUUCGGCGGAUUCAGACGGACGGAUGGUAGGCUCCGGGCGAUACGAUACGUGAAAUAGUCACCGGGAGAGUUCCGUGAGAGGUGAAGCACAUUGGGACGUGAGUGAAAUGGAGGCACCGCCGGGGACGAGCUGCUGUGAGCGCACCUUGGCCAAACGGGAAUAACCGAGCCGAGAAACUGGGCUGGGAUGGCAGCAUCCAGUAACUCAAGCCUCUCAGGUUCAUCCGUGUCCUCCGACCCUGAGGAUUACCAACCGCCCAUAUGGAAGUCCUACUUGUACCAGCUACAGCAGGAAGCCCCGAGACCAAAGAGGAUCACAUGUCCUCAGGAGAUGGAGAGCAGACCCAAAUACUACGGCAGAGAGUUUCAUGGCAUGAUCUCUCGAGAAUAUGCCGAUGAGCUUCUAGUGGGAGCAGAGGGUGCGUACCUCAUCAGGGAGAGCCAAAGACAGCCAGGGACACACACCUUGGCCUUAAGGUACCAACUCCGUCAAUUUGGGCACCAGACCCUCAACUACAGACUUUUCUACGAUGGGAAGCACUUUGUCGGGGAGAAGAGGUUUGAGUCCGUUCACGACCUUGUGACAGACGCCCUCAUCACACUCUACAUCGAGACCAAGGCGGCGGAGUACAUCGCCAAGAUGACCACUAACCCCAUCUACGAACAUCUUGGUUACACCUCGUUGCUCAAGGACAAGAUGGUGCACAGGCUGAGCCGUGAACGCACAGAGCCACGCAGGGUCACCUUCCAAAGAGACGAAAGGAUCUCCUCACCUCUGGUGCAACGGACCGCAUUGAAAGAUACACCGGAGAAGCAGUGCUUCUAUGAGAAGAUACACAACUUCAAGGUACACACCUUUAGAGGGCCACACUGGUGCGAGUACUGCGCCAACUUCAUGUGGGGCCUCAUCGCCCAGGGUGUCCGCUGCUCAGAUUGUGGACUGAAUGUACACAAACAAUGCUCCAAACUGGUUCCCAGCGACUGCCAGCCGGACCUGCGCAGGAUAAAGAAAGUGUAUAGCUGUGACCUCACCACACUGGUCAAAGCUCAUAACACGACCCGACCCAUGGUGGUGGACAUGUGCAUUCGAGAGAUAGAGCUGAGAGGUAUGAACUCUGAGGGCCUCUAUCGAGUGUCUGGCUUUUCAGAGCACAUAGAGGAAGUGAGGCUCGCCUUUGACCGAGAUGGGGAUAAGGCUGACAUCAGCGCCAGUGCCUAUGCAGAUAUCAACAUCAUUGCUGGUGCUUUGAAGCUCUACCUGAGAGAUCUUCCCAUUCCAGUCAUCACAUUUGACUUGUACUCCAAAUUUAUUCAAUCUGCAAAACUUCCAAAUGCUGAAUCCAGACUGGAGGCCAUUCACGAGAGUUUGCUGCAGCUUCCCCCAGCCCACUACGAGACCCUACGAUACCUGAUGGCUCACCUCAAGAGGGUGACACAGUUGGCAAAGGACAAUUUAAUGAGUUCUGAGAACCUGGGGAUCGUCUAUGGUCCAACGCUCAUGCAGCCGCCGGAGCAGAAUGCCUUGAUAACCCUGAAUGACAUGAGGCAGCAGAAACUGGUGGUGCAGCUGAUGAUUGAGCAUGAAGAUGUCUUAUUCUAAGGACUGGAGCAUGCACGCCUUUAACAGAAACGAAGGACAUUUUAUUUAUUCUGUGUAAGAGGAAAUUCAAGCCACCUUGGUUCUAAUGAAGUUUCGGAACACUUUGUAAUCAAAUUGAACUUGAAACGCUUUUUUCUCGCAUGACUGUUUUGUUGGAAUUGGUUUAGUGUUGACUUUGUCUUGUUACUGUAAGUUUUGGGUUUUCAUAACCUACCAAGACCAUCAUUUUUAUAUAAGGAAAGGAUCCAGUAUUUUAAACUUCCAACCGUGCUGUUCCCUCCUGUCUUUAAUUUGAAGGCUGUCACUACCUGGUGUAGACUCAGUCAUGAUGACAGAGCUGCGUGAAAUCUUCCCCAGGCAUAUGUCAAUCAUUGCUGGUGCUGUUUUUAACCGAGCCUCACAGCAGCAGCGUAAAUAACGUUGCCACAUCACAACUAUGCAUAUUGUGAUUUUAGUGGGAUUGCUGGUUCAAAUUUGAAUUGUAGAUAAAAAUCAGAUCAAUUCACGAUCAAUAUUUCAACGUGUGUACUAAAAAAUAAAUGUGAGACAGUUGGACGCUCAUGAAGCACUUUUUCGCAACAAUU